UACCGAUCGUUAUACUUAGACCACACUUCCCACCCACCGUCAUGUCCACUUUGACGUUCUGGAAGCCAGGAACUGCUGGACCUGGAAGCACACAUGACAGGGAAACAGAGGAGGAAGGAAAUGUCGUUCAAUCUGCACCUUCGCAUGGCUUCCUUUCUAUACAAGCGCAGCGUGAACGAUUGCCCAUUUGGCAACACCGACAAAAACUUUUGCAUUGCAUAGAAAGAUAUGGUGUCACAAUCGUUGUCGGACAAACGGGUUCAGGAAAAACAACUCAACUACCACAGUAUCUCCUAGAAUCUGGAUGGGCAUCAGAAGGUAAUAUUAUUGCCUGCACCCAACCACGACGCGUCGCCGCAACGUCUGUCGCUAUCAGAGUCGCAACGGAAGUUGGUACCCUCCUUGGAGAUGAGGUUGGAUAUACUAUUCGCUUUGAAGAUGUCAGCGACAAGGAGCGAACCCGGAUAUGCUACAUGACUGACGGCAUGCUCUUUCGAGAGACACUGAUAGAUCCUCUCCUUUCGCGCUACAGCGUCAUUAUGAUUGACGAGGCGCAUGAGCGAAGUCUUUACACAGAUCUACUGCUUGGUAUCUUGAAGAAAAUUAGGCGCAAGCGCCCAUCACUUCGGCUGAUAGUGUCAUCAGCUACUUUGGAUGCUAAAGCAUUCUUAGAAUACUUCACUUCGGGGACACAUCCAGACGACGCCACUAUUGUCAGUCUGGAAGGGCGUAUGUUUCCUGUUGAAGUUGCUUACCUUCAAGAGUCCGCUCCGGACUAUGUGAGGAAAGCAGUGGAAGUUGCAUGGAGCAUUAACCUGCAGCACGGCGCUGGUGACAUUUUGAUAUUCCUGACGGGACGCGAAGAAAUAGAAAGAUGCUUAGAGGAACUUACAGAACUUCUUCCUACACUUCCGCGAGGAGCUACACAGAUAAUCCCUCUUGCAUUGCACGCUGGCUUAAGUACGGAAGAACAGCUUAGGAUAUUCAAUGUUGCAGAACGAGGGACGCGAAAGGUUAUCGCUGCCACAAACAUCGCGGAAGCCAGCGUCACCAUCGAUGGGGUGAAGUUUGUUGUCGACAGUGGGUUCGUAAAGAUACGGACAUAUAAUCCAACUACUUUCCUUGCCUCGCUGUCUACAGUUCCUGUUUCCAAAGCAUCUGCUAUACAGAGGACUGGCCGCGCUGGACGGACAUCGCCAGGAAUUUGCUAUCGGUUAUAUCCUGAAUCCGCUUUCGCCUCCCUUCCUACAAGCACGCCGCCUGAGAUCACUCGCACUGAUAUGACCACUCCGAUUCUGCAAUUGAAGUCUCUAGGUAUAGAUGACCUUAUGAAGUUUGAAUGGGUCUCUGCGCCUCCAGCAGAGAGUAUUCUCCGUGCGCUUGAGGGGCUCUUUUCUGCAGGAAUGAUUGGGGACAAUGGCCUCCUUACUCCGAUCGGCGAACGAGUUGCAGAAUGCCCCAUCGAAGUCAAUAUAGCUAGAAUGCUUUUCACUUCGAAGGACUUUAACUGCGGUGAAGAAAUUCUUACAAUUGCUUCUAUGAUUUCAAUACAAGAUGCAUUUGUCAUACCCGAUGGUGCUCCCGGAGCAAUUGCAGAACUGGAGAGACGAAAAUUCACAACCGAGGAAGGGGACCAUCUGACCCUUUUAAAUGCAUAUAAUGCUUUCACUAAAUACGGUCGAUCUUCAUCGUGGUGUAAAGCUCAUGCUCUCAACUUCCGCGCCAUGUCCAGAGCGGUAUCAAUUCGGUCCCAGUUGAAGAAAUACAUGAUUCGCUUCAACUUGCCACUCCAGAGCUGCGAAGGUGAUGCUAAGCGACUUCGGCAAUGUUUGGUCAGUGGGUAUUGGCGCAACGGUGCCCGAUGGGUUGCAGAUGGAACGUACCGGUCGGUGAAGGGAAACAAAACUCUAUAUGUUCACCCAACAUCUGUGCUCUUCACUCGGAAGCCGCGGACCGGAUGGGUGGUCUUCCACGAAGUGGAAGAAACCAAGAGGACACAGAUAAGAAUACUUUCAGAAAUCGAACCAGACUGGUGAGUCGAGUUUCUUCUCUGUGACUCUGUACUCGCUCAACUGGUGAAGGCUACUCGAUUACGGUCAUAAA